GAAUGGCAGUGAGGGAGUUAACUGUAGCAGUUUGCUUCCCUGAAAGAAAAAACUCCCAUAACAGGGCUCUGCUCUCCCUGGCCUCUUGCCAGGAGCAAGAGUAGGGGCUGAGAACUGGAAAUUCAGCCACGCGGCCAGCUCCGCCACUGUAGCAAGCGCUUGAAAAGGCAGCAGCUUGGCAGCCGCCGUCAGCCAUCUGUCCAUAUAUCCACCCGGCUGCCUGGUUGCCCGCUGUUUUCUGUAAACCUGUCUGUCUGUCCAUCUGUAUUUCCAUCUCUGUCCAGUUGUCUAUCUGGCCGUCCUUCUCUUACUAUCCUCUCUCCAGCUGUCUGUCAAUCUAUUUGUCCGUCUAUUUGCCCAUCUAUCCAAACAUCUGUGAGUCCCUCUGUGAAUCAUCUUGUCCAUUCAUCCACACGUUGUGUGUGCAUCUGUCUGUCCACUGGCCUGUCUGCCUACUUGCCUCCCUGCUGCCCCGGGCUGCAGAGCCAUGGCACAGAGCCGCGGGGCCACAGUCAGCGUGCUGCUCCUGGGGCUGGGUUUGGCCCUGGCCAUCAUCGUGCCAGCUGUGGUCCUCUCUCGAUACCAUGCCCCCUGCGGCCCCCGGGCCUUUGCCCAUGCUGCGGUUGCGGCUGACUCCAAGGUCUGCUCGGACAUUGGACGAGCCAUCCUGCAGCAGCAGGGCUCUCCCAUAGAUGCCGCCAUUGCAGCUCUGGUCUGCACCAACGUCGUCAACCCCCAGAGCAUGGGCCUGGGCGGAGGGGUCGUCUUCACCAUCUACAAUGCGACCACAGGGAAGGUGGAAGUCAUCAAUGCCAGAGAGACGGUGCCCACCAGACCUGUCCAAGGGCUGCUGAAUCAGUGUGAAAGGGCCCGGCCGCUGCUCACAGGGGCCCAGUGGAUAGGGGUGCCUGGGGAGCUCCGUGGCUACGCUGAGGCCCACCACCGCCACGGCCGCCUGCCCUGGGCACAGCUGUUCCAGCCCACCAUCAAGCUGCUCAAAGGGGACUACCGCAUACCCUUUGUCCUCAGUCAGUUCCUAAAUAGCAGCUUCCUGAGGCCUCUCUUGCAUGCAUCCUCCCUGAGGCAGCUCUUUUUCAAUGGGACAGAACCCUUGAGGCACCAGGACCCAUUUUCCUGGCCUGCAUUGGCCACCACCCUGGAGACUGUGGCCACGGAAGGUGCAGAGGCCUUCUAUACAGGGACGCUGGGCCAGACACUGCUGGAGGACAUCGCCAAGGAAGGCAGCCAGCUGACUCUGCAGGACCUGGCAUCAUUCCAGCCAGAGGUGGUAGACGCUCUGGCGAUGCCCUUGGGAGACUACACCCUGUACUCGCCACCGCCACCUGCAGGGGGCGCAAUUCUCAGCUUCAUCCUCAAUGUGCUUAAAGGGUUCAACUUCUCUGCGGAGUCGGUGGUCAAGACUGAGGAGAGGGUGAACUUGUACCAUCACUUUGUGGAAACGCUCAAGUUUGCCAGAGGGCUAGGUUGGCGGCUGUGGGACCCUCGAAGCCACCCAGAGGUCCAGAACACCUCCCAGGACCUGUUGGGGGAGGCUCUGGCACAGCACAUCCGCCAGCAGAUCGACGCCCGGGGUGACCACGAGCUCAGCCACUAUAGCCUGGCCGGGGGCUGGGGCCACAGGAUGGGCACGUCCCACGUGUCUGUGCUGGGGGAGGAUGGCAGCGCCGUGGCUGCCACCAGCACCAUCAAUACUCCCUUUGGAGCGAUGGUGUACUCACCACGCACGGGCAUCAUCCUCAACAACGAACUCCUAGACCUAUGCUGGAGGCGCCCACCAGGCUCCCAUGUCACCCCUCCACCAGUUCCAGGCGAGCGUCCGCCAUCAUCCAUGGUUCCUUCCAUCUUGGUCAACGCAGUCCAGGGGUCAAAGUUGGUGAUUGGCGGGGCUGGUGGAGAGCUCAUCAUCUCUGCUGUGGCCCAUGCCAUCAUGAACAAGCUGUGGCUUGGCUUUGACUUGCAAGCAGCCAUUGACGCCCCCAUCUUGAAUGUGAAUGACAAGGGUCAGGUGGAGUACGAGUCCAAUUUCAAUCAGGAGGUGCAGAAGGGGCUCCAGGACCGGGGCCAGAACCAGACCAGGAGGCUCUUUUUCUCGAACGUGGUCCAGGCUGUGUCCCAGGACGGUGCCUGUGUGUAUGCUGCAGCGGAUCCAAGGAAGGGUGGGGAGGCCUCAGGCUACUGAAGCCCCUGCUCCCAAGAGCUGGGAUCCGGCCCAACAUCAGUGUGUGGCCCAGUCAGGCUGUGGCUGUG